ACGUAAAUGCAGAAAAAAUCUCAUUUCAAGUCGAUUGACAAAGAUGAUGUAAAGAUUCAACAUUUGGAAUGGAUUUUCUUUGGGAGAAGCUGAAAUCAAUCAAUGCCAACCACUUCAUAUUUGUGUUACUUUGUGGGGUCAUUGCUUACCUAUUCCGAGCCAGUGAUUCCUAUAAUCUGAAACCAGUUUGGAGGAAAAGAAGUGAACCUCAUCAUUUUACCAACAAGAUAUACCCUACACCUGAUGACCGUCUCCCCUCACCGAUAAUAACAGACCUGGAUGGAGAUGGAACAAAUGAAAUCCUUCUGAUCACUCAUGACUUCAAGUUAAAUAUUAUGGCCCUCCCUGACCCUGUGACAGAUGAAGAGGAUGAUACACUCCCUCAUGUUGUCGUCAAACAGAAAGCCGUCCUACCUAUAAACGUCUCGGAAGUCAGUCGACCAGUGGCCAUGGAGACAGGGUUUACCAUACCUUACAGUUCCAUGAUGCAGAUAAGAAAACAGAUCAUUGUGGUUGUGACAGAUGAUUGGCAGGUCCUAUGCUACAAUCACAAUCUGGAGUUACUGUGGCAUAAAAGAUUUAUGGACGUCAGUCGUGUGAGAGAGACGUACACAGUUAAAGCCAUGGGGACCUUGAUCACAGCCCACAAUGUCAAGAAGACUGACCAGGGACUGGUGAUUGUGGGUGGUAGCUUUACCCACUUAGUGCAUGCACCACCAGAUGCAACCACCCCUAAAAAUGUGAAUCAGACAGAAGAUAAACAGAAGAACUCCACAGAAGACAACACCCUGACCCACUUUAGCUCCUUUGCCGUUAGUGCAUUAGAUGGCACAGUGAGGUGGCACCACCUGCCUGGGGAUUUUGGAGAAAUAGCAACCAACAUCAAGGAUAUCCAUGGAGACCACCACUGGAAGCUGGCUUUGAAAAGACACAGACUCCAUGUUGGAGAGGCUCCCUGGACAAUGUACAAGAAAGAAUUCAACAGUUUUACACCUCACUUGUGGAGAAACCUGGAGGACACAGAGCUGACACUGGGGAGAUUUAGAAAGUCUGAGGAGACAAGCCAGUCAGACACGCCUUCUUCUCAGAGAAUGGCCUUGACCCCUGAGCAUGUCAUUGGAUAUGCAUAUGGUGGACAUCGACCACACAGUAAUCAUGAACAUGUAGAAAAUCCAAACUCAGUGGUCAUCCACACCCACAAUGGUAUAGAGGUCCUGAAUCUUCUGAGUGGUCGACCGGUCACUGAACUCCGUCUUCCUGGGGACGGGGCAGUGUAUUUGGACAUUGAUGGAGAUGGAGAGAUUGAACAAAUUCUCUGGGGUCAGCAGGAUGACUACAGUCCUUGUUAUAUUGAGAUCUGGCGGAUUAAUCCGGUGAAGGAACGGAUAGAGCAGCUACCAGUUUGUCGGAUUACUCGCUUGUUCUUCACUUCAUCUUGGGCUUAUGAUGAAGAUAACUUAAAGAAAUUACCACCCAUUAUUAUCAAAAGUGUUGCAAGGAAAACAGGACUCAUAAGAUACUUAAUGGGUCACCAUCUUCCGAAGUUCUCACAUAAAUAUGACAUCAUCACAUUUGGAGGUGUUGGCAGAGUGUCUUCUUGGGACAGAGAAGGAAAUGCCAAUUGGCAGGUUGCAACUCCAGCAAACUGGGCUAAAGCAUCAACAGAUAUAAAGAAAAACAAGGAAAGAGAUCAUCCUGCCUACCAGAGAUUUAUGGAGGAGUUCUGGCCAAGUCGAGUUCUGAUGUCUAUCCCUGUGUAUGGUCAGAAGAAUGUGGUGGCCCUGAGUGGUUAUUCUGAGUUUGUCCUGGUGGACUUGGUGAGUGGUAACCUCCUGGCAGAACAUUCCCUCCCCUGCCACCCCACCUCCCCUCUGAUUGUGGGAGACUUUGAUAACGAUGGGGUCAAUGAUGUCAUAGUCACAUGUAGUCUAGGGUACAUAGGAUUUUCUCUUCAUCACAAGACAAACCACAUUUUUACUGCAAUGUAUGGGCUGACUGUCUUUAGCCUCAUUAUUCUACUUAACUGGCUGUGCUCACCGCAGUCAUUUUAUGGAGAAGAUGACGAGGAGGAACCAAGUGAUGAAGAUGAAGAUGAUGAUUGAAUUGAUGAUGGUGUGGCUUACGUGUAGAUCAAGAUCCAGGAAAAUAAUAUUGCAAAACAACCAUAAAUUAAAGGAAGACUUUAAAAGAAAGAGAAAGAAAAGGGUUACGGAGAAGAUGUUAGUUGUGGGGUGUUCUUUCAGAAAGCAAAACGUGAGUAUUCCAAGAAGUGUUCAUUGCCAGCAGGACUGGAAAACUUAGAGAGAAAGAGAGAUAGUAAGAUUUCAGGCCAAGGAGCAGUUGAUGCAAUAAGUUUCAUGCAAUAUGGAAAUGAACUUAAUGAAAAUCUGUAAUUGGCAUAAUAAAAGUGUAACCCCCCUCCCCUCACAUUCAACCUUAAAAAUGUGACCUUUUUCAGAAAACAUUUCCUUGCUUGCAAGUUCCUUUUUAUGAAGAUCAUGUUUUGUUGACAUUAUUUGCAAAUUUCUUUAUAUUUAAUGUGAUAAAUAAACAACUUUAUAUUUUACCUAUAAAGAAAUUUGAGAUAUUUUCAUGUACAUUUGAUACUAAUUGCUACAUGUAAAAUUUACAUACUUUUAAAUUGUUUGAAUUUAGUUACAUAUGAUAUCAUUAUUGUUCUUUGCAUAAAAUGCAAGACAAACCAUGAGUGUGCACAUCUGAUGAAGCUGAUUCUUAAUUUCUUAGUUUUUUGGGGUUUUUUUAAUGAGUAGGCCUAUACCUUGUUACCUUGUUACAUGUAGUUACCCGGUACAUGGGAAUCACAAUCCAUAUUAUGUACCUGCAAAAAUAACCUCAUAUAUGUGUACUUAUUUUAAAUCUUGAAUUUAAUUCUAAGGGUGCAUUUCAUUAAUUUAAUUUCAGGGGCAUAUUUUAAUGAAGUUGUUGAAAUAAAUUAUUUUUGGUGCCAA